GUACACACGUUCAGUCUUCAGUUCAAACUUAACUUAAAGUAAGUGUGUUCAGGUAAGUCGGAGUUCGUGAUUUACUACACACGAUUUGUAUCGUUGAUCAGUUAAGUGUGGCGACUUCAUGAUGAACGACGAUUUGUGUUUAAUUUCGACUGCUAUUGCGUGCUAUACAAAGUUGAAGUAUGAACCAAACAAGUCAAACAAGCGCUCAAAAUGGGUCAAAAAUUGGUUGCAAAAACGAAGCACUUACUCUCAUGUAAAUUUAUUAAACGAUUUACGCCUAGAACCAGAUGACUGGCGAAACUAUUUGCGUAUGGACGAGGACACAUACAUCGAACUUUUAAAUUUGGUAACACCACUUAUAAAAAAACAGGAUACUGUAAUGAGAACGGCUAUCACUCCACACGAGAGGCUGUCAACAACCUUGCGAUUUUUGGCGACUGGAAGAAGUAUGCAAGAUUUAAAGUACUCUGUAGCCAUAUCACCGCAAUCACUUGGACAGAUAAUACCUGAAACUUGUACUGCUAUUUGUAAAGUUCUGUGGAGAGAUUAUUUAAAAUUUCCAAAUUCAGAAGAUGAAUGGAAAGAAAUUUCAAGAAAGUUCGAGACAAAAUGGAAUUUUCCUCACUGUUUGGGAGCAGUUGAUGGUAAACAUGUGUCCAUAGCUUGUCCUCCAAAAAGUGGUUCGUUUUAUUACAACUAUAAGGGAUUCUUUAGUUUAGUUUUAAUGGCGAUUGUAAACGCCAACUACGAAUUUAUAUUAUGUGAUUUCGGGACUAAUGGUCGUGUCUCAGAUGGAGGUGUUAUUGAAAAUACAAAUUUUUAUAAUAAGCUUAAAAAUAACACAUUAAAUAUUCCAUCUCCGUGUGAAUUUCAAGGAAGUAAAAAUAAUUUACCUUAUGUUUUUAUUGGUGAUGAGGCUUUUUCAUUAAAGCCAAAUUUUUUAAAACCAUACAAUCAAAAGGAACUAAAUUAUGAACGUAAAGUAUUCAACUACCGGCUAUCAAGAGCUCGAAAUGUAGUAGAAAAUGCCUUUGGGAUUUUAUCUGCACGAUUUCGCAUUUUUCAUACUCCUAUUAACAUGAAAUUAGAAAAUAUUGAAAGAGCAGUGUUAGCUUGUUGCACACUUCAUAAUUUUUUACGAAGAAAUUGUAAAGAUUCGUUUAUGUUGUCUAAUGAAUAUAAUGACAAUUCUGGCAAUAUAAAUAUAGAUAAAGAGGGACUUAUUUUAACGAAUUUACAACGUGGACAUAACCGUCAUGCUGGAGAAGAAGCCAAGGAAGUACGUGAAAUAUUUUUGAAGUAUUUCAAUGAAGAAGGGUGUGUUGCAUGGCAACAUAAUCGCGUAACAGCAGGCAAGGAUUAAUAAAUUAG